CAUUUUAUUCCUGAUGGAAAAAAACGCGGGUCAUACCAAAAAAUUAAUCAGAUACUUAUUCGUUGUUAUUACCGUCUCGGAGAAUUGCUAUUUAGCGACAAUAAUGGAGAAAAUGCUCCGAAAAAAGUUACUGAUCUCCAACAUCGAAAAGCGAAAAAUAUUUAUGAACUAUAUAAUAAAAUGCUGUUAAUAUACAAUGACAACAACAAUGAUAACAAACUUCCAUUAUAUAUGAUUAAGGAGAUUAAAUCUCGGUAUGCCGCUACUAUAUUUGCAUUAAGUAACGAUGAUGUUGAAUAUUUGAUUAGAACCAUUAGAGCCAUUAAAUCCGAUCCCAACAAAGAAGGUGAUAAAUCCAAUCCUGAUGCCAAAAAAAAAGGUAAACACAAAUCCAAAAAACAAGUUCCGGAAGUAGUUAUUCUUGAAUAA